AUUCAGGAAACCAUGACAGGACGAGGGCAGCUCUUCAAGCUCGCCUGACAAAGAAAUAGUUUUUUUUUUGUCUAAGAAGCUUGCACUACAUUGUUUUUCUUUUUGUUGCGCUUGCGGAAGACACACGCACACCCCACUGCGCCCCCUCAGUAAGUGUUGAGCCCAUGCUCGUUGCCCAAGAAGAUUGUGACAUAGGAUCCUAAAAACCAUGCCGGCAAUGAAUUCGGUCGUCGUGCCGAACAUGAUGAGCCACAAGCUCCCCGAGGACAUGACCCGAAGUGGCUACAACCUCGCGUCCAGUCAGCAGACCCUGGAUUUUACUGCGAAGUACGUGACACCGGGUGAGUGGGCUGACCUCGCGAAAAGCGUCAACGCGUCGAUUGACAAAAAUGGGAUAGUAUCGGACGAAAAAUUGAAACAUGUGCUGCAUCGAGCGUUAGCGAACACAUGAUCCGGGGUUGUGAAAGGACCUGCAAGUCGUGGUAAGAGCAGCACAUGGACAAUGAAUAAUGUGCCUGCUAAUUCGCAAUGCAAGAUGUAGCAUUCCUUGUUGCCUCCUUACCGGGCGGCGGCACGUCCUCGACAGAGUUCGCUGAUGCUAGGUGCUGGCGCUUUUCGAUGUCAUGGCUGUGGCAAAAUCCCUUGGGCGUGCCGCUGUUGCUCAUGACGUGUGGAAUCUGUUUCUGCCCUUUGGUCUACAUCGGGAUGCAGGUCGAGGGUAAAGUGAACGCUAUCCAAAAAACAAAAAGAGUUGGGACUAUCGGGAAUCUUACAUGCUGCUGCCGGAUUUUUUAUUGCAUAGCUAGGAAGGGCACGGUGGUCAUGCUACCAUGCGCACUAUGUAUGACUAUUGUUAUCCCUGUGUUUAUCGAAUUCUUGGCGGAGCCGCAGCUAAAAUGCAAGAAACUUGAUUUGAAUCCGACCACCUUUUAUUCAACUGGAUAGCUGCGGACUUACAGGAUUUGCCAGUCGUUCUUGCAUUGAGACAGCGGGGAAUCGAGGUACACUGGAGACCAAAGACCAAGUUCGAUGCGCGUGGGAUGCGUUUAACGUUCUCUGCGCAGACUACGCCGGUGCAGUACUAGUAGAGCGGUAAGAGUACUACGUCAACCACAAGAGCCCUCGUUAACCGCUCUAUUGUCUUGAAAACAUUCGAAGUGAUAUGGUGUAAGAUUGAAAUUUUUAAAAUGUUGAAUUCGGAAUGGAAAAAAGCAGCUUGGACUUGCGCAGCGCGAAAGUUGGGAUCAUAUAUGUCCACUGAAAAGAUACUAGUCUGGUAAACAGAAUAUAUACGCGGAGGGCGCUCGCCAAACAAAAACAUUCAAACUGUCGACCGCCUCGUUGACCGUGAUAUUGAGCUCAGUAAAAUAGCAACGCUCGCUUAGAUGUAGUUGGGGUUGUGCGCAACAUGAACGUUGUUAAGAGACUACAUCAGUGUGCAUCCCGCACGACAAUAAACCUC